AGUGAAGAGGGACGCACGAGUCUUUUGGUCCUUGAUUUUUUAAACCAGCCUUGCUGGCGCGCAGAGGAUUUCUAACAUAGAGAGAGAGAGAGAGAGAGAGGCACCUCGAAACGACUACCCUCUUGGUUCUUCCCCUUUUUUUCUGCUUCUGCUUCUCCAAUCUCUAUUUAUUUUUCCGCUUUUUAAUUUUUCGGCCUUCAAUUCGUCUUGUUAAGGAAAAGAAAUUAAGUUCCUAAAGAAAGAAGAUUUUCGUUUCAAAAUUUCCACUCUUUCUUCGCCAUGUCUGUGCGAAGGCGGACCUUGCUGAAGGUUAUUGUUCUCGGCGACAGUGGGGUGGGGAAAACAUCUUUGAUGAAUCAAUACGUACAUAAAAAGUUCAGUCAACAGUACAAAGCUACAAUUGGUGCUGAUUUUGUCACUAAAGAGCUUCAGAUUGAUGACAAACUUGUUACUUUGCAAGUUUGGGACACAGCGGGACAGGAAAGAUUUCAAAGCCUUGGGGUUGCGUUUUACAGAGGUGCUGAUUGCUGUGUUUUAGUGUAUGAUGUUAAUGUGCUUAGAUCAUUUGACACUCUUGACAAUUGGCACGAGGAGUUUCUCAAACAGGCAAGUCCAUCUGAUCCCAAGACUUUUCCAUUUAUAUUACUUGGAAAUAAGGUUGACAUAGAUGGUGGGAACAGCCGUGUGGUUUCUGAGAAGAAAGCGAAGGAUUGGUGUGCUUCCAAGGGGAGCAUUCCUUACUUUGAGACCUCAGCAAAAGAGGAUUACAAUGUUGAUGCUGCUUUCCUAUGUGUUGCAAAAUCUGCACUAGCGAAUGAGCACGAGCAGGACAUAUACUUCCAGAGCAUCCCAGAGGCUGUUUCAGAAACUGAGCAAAGGGGAGGAGGAUGUGCAUGCUGAAAUGGGCUUUCAAAGAAUCAAGAUUGCUUGGUCCUCAUCUUUUUUUCUUUUCUAUCAUAUGAACCAGAGCCAUUCUUUUAUACCUUUCAUAUGUACACUAAGCAGUUGUCAUUGAGACCCUGGUUCAAUAUAUCUUUUUUCUGUUGUCAUUGUAAGAAAGUCGAUCGUUGAAUUGUAUUAUGAAGAUGAACUUGUUGAUGACUUCCCUAUUUGGAAUGACUUGCCCAAUGCUAAAUGCAA